CCCUCCGCGCAAAGUUAGACUCUCCCUCUCUCUUUCUCUCAGUUUGUAGCUGAUAAUGGAUUCUCUAAGUCUCUUCUUCUGCGCCGCCUCUCUUGUCGCCGGCGGCCUCUACUGGUUCAUCUGCGUCCUCGGCCCCGCCGAGCAGAAAGGCAAGCGCGCCGUCCACCUCUCCGCCGGCUCCAUCUCCCACGAGAAGGUCCAAGACACUUACAAGCAGUACUGGUCCUUCUUCCGCCGCCCCAAGGAGAUUGAGACCGCCGACAAAGUCCCCGUCUUCGUUGACACCUUCUACAACCUCGUCACCGACAUCUACGAGUGGGGCUGGGGCCAGUCCUUCCACUUCUCCCCUUCCCUACCGGGGAAAUCUCACCUCGAGGCCACACGCCUCCACGAGCAGCGCGCCGUAGAUCUGCUCAAUGUCGGGGCUGGAAACCGGAUUCUUGACGCCGGCUGCGGUGUUGGGGGCCCAAUGCGCGCGAUCGCCGCACACUCCGGUGCUCACGUUGUCGGCAUCACGAUCAAUGAGUACCAGGUGAAUCGCGCUCGCAUCCACAAUAAAAAGGUCGGCCUUGACGCGCAAUGCGAAGUUGUUUGCGGCAAUUUCCUCCAGAUGCCGUUCGCCGACGACAGCUUCGACGGCGCGUACUCGAUUGAGGCGACUUGCCAUGCGCCGAAGCUCGAAGAGGUCUACGCCGAGAUUUACAGAGUGUUGAAGCCUGGGUCGAUGUACAUUUCGUACGAAUGGGUGACCACCGAUUUGUACCGCGGAGACAAUCCCGAGCACAUCGAAAUCAUCCAGGGGAUCGAGAGAGGCGACGCGUUGCCUGGAUUGAGAAGUUAUGAUCAGGUUGGGGAGAUUGCGAGGAAGGUAGGGUUUGAGGUUUUGGAGGAGCAGGAUCUGGCAAAGCCACCGGCGAGCCCUUGGUGGGGGAGGCUGAAGAUGGGGAAGAUUGCGUACUGGAGGAACCACAUUGUGGUUACGGUGCUUGCUUUUCUAGGGAUUGCGCCGAAGGGCGUGGUUGAUGUUCAUGAAAUGCUCUUCAAGACGGCUGAUUAUCUGGUCAGAGGGGGCGAGACUGGAAUUUUCACUCCAAUGCACAUGAUCCUCUGCAGAAAACCAGAGAACAAGACUGGAAUUUCAUCCUAGAGGUCGCUCUUGUGCUGUCUAUUUAUUGUUCUUUUCUACAAUGUUGGAUUUUGUGUCACUUUCAAAGGUGGAGAUGUUUAAUGUUUUCAAAUAACUUGUUGAUGUGGGCUGGGGAAUUUUGGUUAUUUCAAUAGAUGGUGCAAUCUUUAGUUGUAGCUAGAUUUAUUAGUAUAACCAGAGAAUUGGACAAGUUCAUCUGGGUUAGCUUGGAAUGUCUUCUGGUGUUGCUUUUCUGUUAAUGUUGUUUGGAGAUUUUGAUUGCUGUUUUGGCAGUUUCCUCAAGUGUAUUUUUUUCUAUUUUGAUUGGUUAGUGGGGAAUUCUGAAAUUUUGAGUUGGUGUUGUCCUUGGUAGAAUCUUUAUCUGAAUCAACUAUGCUGGAACUUUUGUUUUGUUA